AUGACAUCUUUCAUCAUCAAUGCUCAUGUAAAUCGACAAGUCACGCCUGACUGGAGAGAUACUUCCCAUUGUCCAUUUUGCUAUAUCAUUCAAGGGAGCUCAUCUGCACACCGAGUAUACGAAGAUGACAAAGUCGUAGCAAUUCUAGACAUAUUACCCUUACGGCCGGGACAUACACUUGUCAUUCCAAAGAUUCAUUGCCCUAGACUCUCGGACUUGCCUCCAGACUUUGCAGCGGCCGUCGGACAAGCGGUUUCCAAAGUCGCACAUGCCCUUACACAAGCCCUGGAUAACACUGCCCUCAAUGUAGUUUGCAACCAAGAAUACGCUCAAGCCGUGCCUCAUGUGCAUUAUCAUAUCAUACCAGCCCCGACUUUUGGCCAGAGCUCAAACGGUGGUAAAGGGGUUGAACAUGUGGAGAAAACCCUGUCCACGGGGCUCUUUGCCUGUAAGGACAUGCAUCAGCGAGAGUUCGAGUCGCGGUCAGAGUUGGACGAUGACGAUGGGGAUGCUCUCGCCGCAAAGAUACGGGCGCGUUUGUGAUGAGCUUGGUUUCAGGGAACGACUAUCUAUGACAACAUUAUCAUUUGGUUCAUUUGGUUUUCUUCGCUUGUAUAGAUCUUAAUACUGUAGUGCUCGUUUAAUACUUGUACCAGCGUUGAGUUGAGGACAU